AUGGCUGAUCAAAAAAUAUGGUUUCCUGAUCCUAUCCAGGAUUCAGAAUGCAAGAUCUUGACUCUGAGCGAGCCUAUCCCUUCUAACUGGGAAGUCGUCCAAAAGAUUAACGAGCACGUCGAACAAUGGCAAGAUGCUAUCUCCUACCCCUCCCACCCCUCCCUAGCCUCCACUAAAUUCGUCUGUCGUGAUGCCCAAUUUCCUAAUGGACCCACAGCCUUCCUCCGUAUCGUGAAGCAGAUUCCCUCUGCCAAGGGCGAUAUAGGCCCUGUCUGA